AUGGACCUUGAUAAUUUGGACUUUGAACCAAAUCUAUUUGAGUUCAACAAAGGAAAACACCCACCAAUGCCACAAAAUUCAAGUUGUUGCUGGAGAGAUUUUUCGUCAACUUUGAAAUUGAAUGUGUAUACUUACUUUUGUUGUGAAGGUCGUAGUAUUCAAGAAGAAUUCAAGGAAGUUUAUUUUGCAACGGGCUCAUCGAUUGGAGAAAUUGAUGAUACACUUUCAAAAAAAUCAUCAGAAUCAUCAGACAAAGAAUUGCGAAAUAACUUCUCUGAUCGUUUUACUUUUAUGAAACACUAUAAAGGUAUCCAUGCUCGUAAAUGGUGUGCAGAAAAUGGAUAG